AUUAUUAGAUGGACGGUGAAGAUUGUAAGUCUGCCCUGCUACACCUGACUCAGGCUAGUGAUGAUGUAGAGAUGCAGAGCUCUACAAAAGAGGAAGGAGCAGUCAGUGAAACGGGCGGAAAAUAUUCCAUUGAUUGGAAAAGACGAGUCAAAUCGGAGUUCCUGAGGAUUAAACAUCUGAAGAAAUACAAAAAGACAGAUGAAUUAAAGGCAGCGUUUGCAGCAAACAGAGCUACCAUAAAUGAAGAACUUACAGAUCUGAAAGAAUUCAUAGAAUCACAGCCCUCUUACACUCUGCCUCCUCCAGAAACUCUGAGUCACAUUCCAAUCACUAAAAAGUGUGAUGUGAAAAGUAAUCUGAUGCCAGUCCAGACAACAUUACUUAGAGUGAUGAACAGCCUACAGUCUAUUCCUACCAUGUACUGCUGGGCAGGACUUCAGCAAAAUUUCAUGGUGGAAGAUGAAACUGUUUUGCACAAUAUUCCCUACAUGGGUGAUGAUGUACUGGACAAGGACGUCACAUUCAUUGAAGAACUACUGAAGAACUAUGAUGGCAAGGUCCAUGGGGAGAAGCACUGCAAUGUUAUGGAUAAUGAUACUUUUGUAGAACUUGUCAAUUCUCUCUGGCUCAACUACCCUGAUCCUGAUGUUGAUGAAGAGGAGAGUAUGGAGCAUUGUAAUCAGGAUGUACAAAAGUCUGAGUUUCCAAGUGAUUCUAUUUUUGAGGCCAUAUCUGCAGAAUUCCCAGAGAAAGGAAGUGCAGAACACCUCAGAGAAAAGUACAAAGAUUUGAUUGAAGUAAAGGACAGCAAUCUUCCCCCUGAAUGUACCCCAAACAUAGAUGGAGUAAAUGCCCAGUCUGUACCCCGUGACCAAACCAUGCACUCAUUUCACACACUUUUCUGUAGACGCUGCUUCAAAUAUGAUUGUUUCUUACAUCCAUAUCAUCCCACUCCAAGUAUGCUGACAAGAAAAAUGCCUGAGACCAAACAAGAAACAGAGCCAUGCAGCCCAAACUGCUAUCUGCAUGUGGUUGGAUUACCCGAUGAAAAAGGAGAAAAUGGUGAAGUGAAGAAGGAGGAGAAAAUGGAUACCAGUAAAAAAUGUAAAACUAGAUUGCAAAAUAAACGCAAAAGAUCCAGUGUGGACAUUAAGCUGGAGAAACAGAAGACAGAUAACUGGCUACCUGCCGAGGAAUCCUUGUUCCGAGUCAUUCAAGACAUGCACAGAACAAAUUAUUGCGCCAUCGCCAAACUGAUUCGCACCAAGUCCUGUGUCCAGGUUUAUAACUUUGCCCUGAAAGAAGCUGCCCACAUUCCAGACAUCACAGAAGAUAAAACACUGACUCCACCCAGAAAGAAGGCCAAGAAGAAACACAAAUUGUGGUCCAUGCACUGUCGUAAGAUUCAGCUUAAGAAGGACAAUAACAGUAGUAAGAUGGUCCAUAACUACCAGCCAUGUGACCACCCUGGGCUCCGGUGCGACGAGAACUGUCCGUGUAUCAUGUCACAGAACUUCUGUGAGAAAUUCUGUCAGUGCAGCAGUGAUUGUGAGAACCGAUUCCCAGGCUGUAGGUGUAAGGCUCAAUGUAACACAAAACAAUGUCCUUGCUUCCUGGCAGUUCGUGAAUGUGACCCUGACCUCUGUCAGAUGUGUGGGGCAGAUCAGUUUAAUACAGACAAAAUUUCCUGCAAGAAUGUCAGUGUUCAAAGAGGGUUAAAAAAGCACCUCCUUUUAGCUCCCUCAGACAUUGCAGGUUGGGGAAUCUUUCUUAAAGUUCCAGCAGAGAAAAAUGAGUUUAUAUCAGAGUAUUGUGGAGAGAUAAUAUCACAAGACGAGGCGGACAGAAGAGGAAAAGUAUACGACAAAUACAUGUGCAGCUUUCUCUUUAAUCUCAACAAUGAUUUUGUUGUGGAUGCCACAAGAAAGGGUAACAAAAUUCGCUUUGCCAAUCAUUCUGUGAACCCUAACUGUUAUGCUAAAGUAAUGAUGGUGAAUGGGGACCACAGGAUUGGGAUAUUUGCCAAGCGACCUAUACAGGCAGGGGAGGAGCUCUUCUUCGAUUAUCGUUAUGGACCAACUGAACAACUGAGAUUUGUGGGAAUUGAACGUGACACAGAAAUGCUGUGAUAUGAAAUAGAAGAAACAAGUAAAACUGAGACAAAUGUAACUGGUGCUCAAUAAGAACAAAUUAACUUGGUUUUCUUGUUAAUGUGCAAUAUUAUGACUUUACUAAACUUCUUGAAGUGAAAGGUCAAGAAUGGAAAAAGACAAACAAAGGGCUUGUAUUUGUGUUUUAGUAGGGAUCAUGACAGGUUAAAAAUGUAAACUGUUUUGUCGGUGAACAUUGAUUUUAUAAACAUUGUAAAUAUUAAAAAUAAAAUUUUCUUUAGACAAAAA